CAUGCAUCUGCUGUGAGGACGUGUUUGGCAUCUUGGGAGAAAAUUUUACUUUUCCAGUAAAAAUAGAUGAAAAAGUAGUGGAAAUUAUUUGGACGAAAAACAAAGAUAAAGUGGCUGAAUGGGAAGUGCAAAACACAGCGACAUAUUUUACUUCUCUCCAGGAUAGAGGCUUACUUAACGAGGAGAAUGCAUGCUUGACUAUAUUUAACUUGGAAGUCAAUGAUACUGGCACAUAUGUGUUAGACUACUUCGAUUCUAGGAGAAGAAAUUAUGUCUUAACCUUCAUACUUGCUGUGUUAGCUCCCCCUUCAGAACCUGAAAUAAGUUGCAACAUCAGUGGUGAUGACCUUGUGUUAAACUGUACAGCACAUUUCCAGAAGCCUCUGAAUUAUGCUUGGAAGUUCAGUAGCACACCAAUCAUUCAUCAGACCCAGGAAGUUUUCAUUCCUAAGAAGGAUAUUGAUGCUUCUGAGAAAGCUGUGUGCUUCAUUAAAUUCUCUCAAAUGGAGAAGAGCUCUGAAAUCUUCUUGACUCAAUGCUUUCCAGGUAGAAUUAAUCUUGGAACACGAAAAGCUGCUCAGAACUGUCUGGUGCAUCACUCAGCUACAUCUUCACAAGCUAUUGACUAUGAGAAUGAAAAGCCUGAAGCAGACAAAGAAGUGAACAAGGAGGAUAGCACCCCGGAAGACAAGCAAAUGAUUAACAGUGAUAUAAAUCAGGAAGAUAUCUCUGAGAAGGACAACAGCAGCUUGCUGGCCAAGCAUGCAGAUGACCAUGGCAUAAAUGAAGGAGGGUGUGGAAGGGAUCAUGAAGACAGUGCGGAGUCAGGUAUGGAGGAGAGAGAGGAGGUGUACGGUGGCCCCAUGGGGGUGGGGGAUGUUGGUCGGGGCUAUUAUUGA